AUGUAUCCCCGAAUGUCCUCGCUCUUGGUCGCGCUCCCCUUCCUAUCACGGGUGUCACCCACACCCUCCCCUGCCGACACACUCACCAACCAUGACCUUCGCAAUAUCCCCUCCCCAGGUGACGAUUUUGACGUCGAGACGGGCUCACUCCUCGCACCGAUCCUCGUCCCCCGCGGCCCCGGCACAGAGGGAUCUCACAAGGUCCAGCGUCAUCUUGUCGACUUCUUCACCGCCAAUCUCCCAUCAUGGGUAAUUUCGAGUGAGAACAGCACAAGCAGGACGCCAGCGACCGGAGAGCGGGAGGUGCCGUUCUCAAACUGGAUCUUUCGGCGCGACCCGCCCUGGGCGGAUGUGGGGAGCGUCACACGUCUCACGUUCGCUGCGCACUUUGAUAGUCUGAUGGAGCCCCAAGGUUUCGUCGGGGCGGUCGACAGCGCGGCAUCGUGUGCUAUGCUGUUGCAUCUUGCGAGGAGCAUCGAUGCGGCGCUGGGUGCCAAGUGGGCGGCCAUGGAGGAGAAUGGCGUCGACACCUUGAGGGAUACCCAAGGUGUGCAAAUCAUCUUUUUUGAUGGCGAGGAGGCGUUUGCCGAGUGGUCCGACGCCGACUCAUUAUACGGGUCAAGGUCACUGGCCAAAGAGUGGGAAUCCACAAAGUACGGCGUGCUGUCGUUGUACCGAUCCCCCCUCCAAGCCAUCGACAUCUUCGUUCUCCUUGAUCUGCUCGGCGCGCCGUCCCCCAGCGUCCCCUCGUACUACCUGCCUACACACUGGGCAUACCAGAAGAUGGCUGCCCUCGAGCGCCGUAUGCGCGCCCUCUCCCUGCUCGAGUCGUCCCCACGGCGCCCCUUUCUUCCCGAUAGCAAAAGGGACGCUACCUCGUUUGCAAGGGGCUUUCUCAUUGAGGAUGACCACAUGCCCUUUAUGCGGCGGGGCGUGGACGUGCUGCAUGUGAUGCCAAAUAUGUACCCCCGGGUGUGGCACACAAUGGAAGACAAUGGGGAGCACCUUGACCUUGACACGUGUAGGGACUGGAGCCGAAUUGUGACUGCUUUUGCUAUGGAAUGGCUCGGGUUGGGAGAGUAUCUACCGGGGCGUGUGUAG